UACGGCGCCUUUCACAUCUCGCGAUGCAGCAGGACAGACGAUCGCGUUUCAGCAAAUCUUGCCGAAUUCGGGAGCGAAUGUUGGGAAUCCUCGACGCUUGACGCCCCCGAUCACGACUUCAGUGGACGAAAACAGCAUUCGUGCCAUCUUCGCGUCCGGUUGGAGUCGUCUGGUGCACGUGGAAGCUUCUCGGCCUAGCCUAGCCUAGCCUAGCCUAGCCUCGCUUCACUUGAGAACAAAGAGACGCGUUUGUCUGUUUGUGACACUUCGCCGAAGCAGAGAUCAAGCGGGACUAAAGUGUUCUUCUUUCCGCCACCUACUAAGCGGAACGUGUGAAAAUGUGUGCGAGGAGGACAGCGGAGCACGACGAGGAACUUUGGGGCCCGAAAGAGGAGAAGGAGCCACGAGGUCAACGACCGGACGCCGCGUUCGAUCUGCGGCCGCGAAUUGUGCUCCGCAGAACAGACAUCACUGAAGAUCUUCGUACUGAGCGGCAGGAGCCAGAGCCCCCCCACAUUAAAGAGGAAGUGGAGGACGAAGAGAUCCAACACAUCAAAGAGGAAGAGGAGCCCAUUUUGAUUAAAAAAGGGGAGGGAGAAGCUCGCCCCCACAUCAAACAGGAAGUGGAGGAGGACAUCACCGAGUUUCCAUCGACUGGUGUCCCUUUGAAGAUUGAAGGUGAAGGUCAAAGUGAGGAGAGCAUAGGAGCGGAGCCUCCAAGCAGCAGCACAAGUCAACACAUGACAACAGAAGGUGAUGGAGACCACUGUGGAGGAUCACCAGCAGACGGCCUCUUAGCUCCACUAUCAGAUAGUGAUGACGUGAUGUCACAUCCUCCUCACACUGAUGAUGAUGAUGAUAAACAGUCUGAAGGUGAUCUCACAUGUCACACUGACAACAAACGAUGGAAAUGUUCUCAUUGUGGAAAAACAUUUGCUCAUAAGAGCAGUUUGAAACAGCACGUGAGAACACACACUCGAGAAAAACCUUUUGCAUGUUCAGUUUGUGGCCAAAGAUUCUCGUUGAAGGUAUACUUAAAAAGACACACAAGAACCCACACUGGUGAGAAACCUUUUUCUUGCUCAUUUUGUGGUCUAAGAUUCUCUGUGAAGGAAAGCUUAAAUUUACACACAAGAACACAUACUGGUGAGAAACCUUUUUCCUGCACAGUUUGCGGUCAGAGAUUCUCUGGUAAGAAAAACUUAAAAAGACACACAAGAACCCACACGGGUGAGAAACCUUUUUCCUGCUCGGUUUGUAGUCGAAGAUUCACUCAGAAGGGAAGCUUAAAAGUACACACAAGAACGCACACGGGAGAGAAACCUUUUUCCUGCUCAAUUUGUGGUCAAGGAUUCUUUGAAAAGGAAAAGUUAAAAAUACACACAAGAACCCACACUGGUGAGAAACCUUUUUCUUGCGCAGAUUGUGGCCAAAGAUUUUCUGAAAAGGGAAGUUUAAAAAAACACACACGAACGCACACUGGUGAGAAACCUUUUUCCUGCACAGUUUGUGGUCAGAGAUUCUCUGAGAAGGAAAGCUUAAAAAUACACACAAGAACACACACUGGUGAGAAACCUUUUGUCUGCUCACUUUGUGGUCAAAGAUUCUCUGUCAAGGGAAACUUGAGAAAACACACAAGAACACACACUGGUGAGAAACCUUUUUCCUGCUCAAUUUGUGGGCAAAAAUUCACUCAGAAGGGAGACUUAAAAAGACAUGCAAGAACGCACACUGGUGAGAAACCUUUUUCCUGCACAGUGUGUGGUCGGAGAUUCUCUGAGAACGGAAGCUUAAAAAUACACACAAGAACCCACACUGGUGAGAAACCUUUUUCCUGCUCAGUUUGUGGUCAAAGAUUCUCUUAUAAGUAUCAGGUUAAGACACACAAGUGUGCUGGUGAGAAUAGCAGUGAUCAAGAAUCGUGAAUGUAAAUGGUUAACAAAAAAAAAACGUACAAAAAUCUACAUUCUUGUAUUCUGUGUACCAGCUUUUAUCGUAUCUUCUUCUUGUCUAUAUAUUUUCUCAACGCCUCCCGCGGCCAAAUGUUUCGGAUUAGCACUGGUGCCAAAAUACUUUCAAGGGACUCGUUAAAGGUGAGAACAAUGGGCACUUAUUCCAGUGUUCCGGGCUCAUAAAUGAUGUUGACUGAUGAUAAGCCCUCCAGAAUAGACUAAAUAGUAAUAGAAUCGUUUUCUGAUGAAAUAUGUGAUUUUCAGAUAGAUUUUGGCCCGGCCACAUUUUGGACAUGCCAGUCUGUCACGAUUUGACACAUAACGAGCAGGAGCCGAUUACAUUUCCUCCUUGAACUCAUGUUUUCCAUGGUGUAUUUUUUUGCCCAUCUAGAAAGUCUGGAUGACGUUUUGGGAUAUUCAUGACUGAAAAUAGUGAUAGUGAAAUAUGUUGGAGCGCUUGUUUAAAAAAAAUCGACCGUUGAAAUGGCUCCUUGAGGAAAGAAAGACAACCGGGUCAUCCCACAUAAAGUAAUUCCUGCAGAUUCAUUUCCUCAUCCGUCAGCUCAAUUUUGAAUUGAUUGCACCGCAUACGUAUAGUAUACGUCUAUAUGUGUGAAAAGAUCAAAUGUAUGUAUAGAUCACAAAGACGUUUCUGUAGGCGGCAUUGUGUGACAGACGCGGACUUUGGCUGGCUGUCAUAACGUCGGAUGACCCAUGACGAGGGUCUCCCGGCCGAACGCGUGACGUCACUUCAUGUCCUGAAACUGCGCCUGAUCAAAUUCGAUUUUACCUGAUCCAUGUAAUCUAAAAUAUUGAGCUGAUUGUAAGAAUAUUUUCAGAGGUUGAAGCUGUCCUGAGUAGCGAUGUCGGCAUCCAUUUUGGUGAUGAUUGUUGACACUUUUGGGAGAUUAAGCCACGUUUCUUGCUUUCAUGCUUGAGGCUUGCAAGGAUGUGGUGCUCCCCCGCUGUGUUUGUAUGAUUGUCAUGAUGACAGCCUAAUAAAUUUGCAAUUUUUCAGCACAUUAAAUAAGUGAUGGAAUAUAAUUUUGGGUUGCUAGCUGUUGUUCAUGUGAUGCAAUUGAUAUAUGUCAGCAAUUAAAUAUACCAACUUGAACAAAGCGGUGUUUGGGAACUGAUGUAAGCUGUUUUUUUUUUCCUGAAAGGAUGUCAUUUUCAAGGUGAGAGGAUUCCACCUGACAGAUACGAUAUAUCAAAUAUGACCAAUUAAUGCCACUUUAUAGUAUAGUACAUUAUUCCAGCAAUGCCAACGCUUUUCAAUUUUAGAUUUUGGUGAUGAAAAAGGGGCGUUCGAAAGGGAAUCUGUUGUUUACCAAUUGCUCUCAAACAUAUUAUUAUUGCAACUGAAUGCCAGUUUAAUUUUCUUGAGUAACAAAUGCAGAAAAUAAACUUGUUAGUGAAACAUGGACCAGAAAGACCCAUCCUUUCUUUAAUCAAUGCAUGCAUUUUGUCGAAUGUUAGAGUGAUGUCAAUAUCAAAUGAGUGAAUGAUUGAUUGAAAUCGACUGGAAAGAAGCUUUGACUUUUGGUGAUAAAUUGUAAAGUGUA